AUGACUUUUGGUAUCCGUGGAAAGCCACGAGCGAAUGGUGUGCAAGCGUCAGUGCUUGCAUCGUCAACCGAGGCCGAUACGAUCCAUUGUGGUCUGUCACCAAAGUAUACGAACAAGCACAAGGCCGUCGCAGAACUGCCGAGGCUUAGGCCGACCUCCCAAUCCACUUCAGACAAUAUCCUUUCGGCGAAUCCGCCGUCGGUGCCGACUUCAGGAGAUGCGUCCGAUGAUUCUGCCGAGGAUUUUCGAGCCAAACUAGAACAUUUCGCAUACACACCUGUCAUCCAAUCUUCUAAUUUUGCUCGUUCUUCGCCCGCACUAUCCCUGGCCAAUUCUAUCAUGACGGACUUGGACUCUGUAACUCUCCCAAAAUCAAAACGGCCCCGGACGACCAAGCCACGUCUCAAUGUUAACGUACCAGGCCUCGACCUUGCGGGCCUCCGGAAGAAAUCUGUCGCACAAAAGAUCAUUCACAUACAAUCUUGUGCGAAAAAGAAAGGCUUGACGGAGACGACCCUCAAGAUUCUUCUUACUCAACAAUUAGAGAAUGCACAGAACACCCAAGGCAAGGGGAAAGCCAAGGACGUUGUCGACGAAGUGGAGCUCGCUCCCAAGACCUAUCUCGAGGGCGUCCUCGAAGAAGCUGGUACGAAGAAGAGGAAAAAGCGAGCCAAGGUUGUCAGUACCGUCCAGAGCCUCAGUCAAACAUCAAACGCCAUUCGGGACAGAGCGCGCCUGCUGUUCACCAACCCUCAAAGCCUCCAACCUCUCCAAGCAACACAAGCCUUUGGGCCUAGCAAACUCGGAGCUGCCUUACGCCACCCUUUGAUCGACAGUGAACCGCCUCAAACUCAGGCGUUCGGAGAGAACGGUCUAGCCCAAGGAUCAAGCCUGACCAGGUUUUCGAGUUUGGGAUCGGCGUCUAAACGAAGUGAAGACGAAGACGACAACGCACCCGCUGCAACUCAAGCGUUCGCUCCAUCUAGGCUAGCAACAAUGUUUAAUGGUACGGCGUUCCACAAUGAUGCUGGGAACAAAUCUGUAAUUGAUGUACGUGUGGUCAUUUUGUGUUCGCCUCACGAGUAA